AAGCAGUGAUGGCUAUGGCAGCUAUGAAUGUUCGCGAAUGCUGUCAAUUACGGUGAAAUAUUAUGAAAAAUAAAUAAUUUUUCCAGGUGACGCCAUUCUAACGAAACAGUAAUUACGCCAGUCUUGCCGCGUUAAUGAGUUUGAGAAGAGCAUCGGAUAAUGUCGCAUUCGUCCAAUAAACUGUAACUUUCUUAUCUUAUGUCAAGUCUUGAAUUAAUGUUGACAUUACUUAGCAGCCCUACCACGGUGGAAUAUAUAUAUGCUAUACUAGCUAAUGUAAUGUGUAUAUCUAUAUCGAAUUAUGCUUACACUGGGGUACAUCGAUUCUCUCAGUGGUAAAACGACUACACGUUUAUUGGCAGCGUUACGAAACUCGUCGGUUUUCCAAGUUCAAUUGAAAGUUCCAUACGGCCUAAACGUUUUUUUAAGUUUAAAAAUUUUAAUAUACUUUAAUUACGCGUACGUCUGCAUUAACUACUUGAAAACGAAGCAGUAUUCAAUUAAUACCACACUUUUUUGCUGAUAUAUCUACAGUGUAGAAAUUGUGAUUUGAAAAUUUUUUAAUUAUAUAACAGUCCCAGCAUGAAGUUCGAAUGGAUCUUGUUACUUGCUUUUGAUAUGGUGUCGACUGGAAAAAAUGAUAUUAGUAUUACUGAUAACACAAAGCCAUGGAUUUCUGUGGAAAAUUAUAAAACUAUAUUGAAAUUGUCUUUUCCUCUGUCAGUAUGUUGUAACGUCUAUUUAGGCGAUAUGAGCAGAGGAGUGGAUGCUAUUUUUAAGCAAUUCGUUCACAACUAUCCUUAUCAGUAUCUUGUAAGAAAAAAAAUAAUUGACUGUCAAGGAUACUUUCUCGUGUCUUCAUCAACGGAAUCUUUGAUAAGACCAUUGCAAAAAAUCCCGUCGACCAUCUCCACCUCGGAAUUGUUAAUCGUGGUCGAUAUCGAAUUGGCCGAAAUCGAUUUGCUGUUCAACGUAUCGAUAUACAAAAACGCCAACGUCAAUUUGAUCGCCCGCAACGGCAUUUGGCAUCUAUCGGAAAAUUAUUUGGAGAAGAGACACUUUCUGAGAGUCGAGAAACACGAAGAUUUGAUCUACGGAAGAGGAUUGGCUGAUUUCAAAGGUAGAGAAUUGCAAGUGGCAGCUUUCUAUAUGCCGCCUCUGUGUUAUUUAAAUCGUACGAUAAACAAAACAGUCAAUCAAAUAGAAGGUGAAUUUUACUUGGCUGAUAACGAACACGAGAGAGACGGAGUGGAGAUGAAAAUGUUUAUGCUGAUGGCGGAUCGACUGAAUUUUACAUGGACCAUUAGAAAGCCAACACUUUCUUAUAGGUACGGCCGGCAAAUUAAUGAUACGGCAUGGAACGGAGGGAUGAUAGGUCAGAUGGUGAGAAAAGAGAUCGAUAUGGCGUUUACUGGUAUCUGGCUCAAGCAGGAUCAUUAUCUGUUUACCAAUUUGACUGAAUCCUGGUACCAAUUAUUUAUAACAUUUUUGGUACCAAGACCAAGACGAUUUUCCAGCUUUUGGGGAAUCACUAGACCGUUUACACCUCUCGUUUGGACAAUGAUAGUUUUGUCGUUGCUGUUCAUGACGAUUUACAUGUUAACAAGAGCUAACGUGAAGCCAAAAACACCAAAAAGAUUUCGCCACUUUGCUCUGACCGUGACUGAACUUAUCGGUCGUCUCACCGGAGUUUGGGUACCAAGAAACACAACGGAAGUGCGUAUACCAAUGCACUUAUGGCAACUUUCCAGUCUGCUAUUGGUAUCUGCAUACAGUUGCAGUUUAGCUGCAAGAUUAACAAGUUCAGAAUACGAGGGCAGGAUAGACAAUCUCCAACAAUUUAUAGAAGCAAAUCUAACCUGGGGCAGACAAGGCCCAGUUCCAAUAUUCAAAGAAUAUUUCGACCUGAGUAACAGAUACGCGGCCGAAUUGCCCAAAAGAUUCGAGCACGAAAAUGACAGCGAAUCGAGACACAAAAAAAUUUUGAAUGGUAAUUACGCCGUGGUGGGCCGUAUAGUAGGUGCCUUAUUUUUUCCAGAAGAUAACGUAACCAACGAGGACCUCAAGGGCUAUCGAGUGAUGAAGGAAACAGUUGGACAAUUUUACGCCAGCUUUGCCGUUCAACCGUGGCUUUUGCAUCCUAUAAAUACCAUAAUGUUGAGGAUCAAGGAAGGCGGACUGAAUAUCUUUCAUCUUGAAGACGUCGUACGUCGCAGAGCUGGCCUGAGUCUACGCGAGGUGCUCGUGGAACGUGAUAAGAACGACGGCGUCCCUAGGGUAUUGUCUAUAACGCCAUUAGGUGCUGGAUUCUCAUUUUUACUCGUCGGUUUACUAGUGUCGUGCGUGACGUUUUAUCUGGAGAUUAGAUCAGUACGAAAUGGAAGAUCGACUAGGGCGGUUUUGCAUGACAUAGAAAAAAAACGAAUAUCAGUUAACAACUGUCGUACUGUAAAAGUACGAGUAAUUGGAAUUAAAAGAGUUACAUAUAAAGACGCGUGAUCGUACUGAAUAACAGAAAAAUUGGUAAAAUAAAUAAAUAUAAAUACGUCGUCGUUAGGCUAAGAAUUAAAUUAACGUAUGAAACUUUUUUUAUGAGACAAAACGAAUUCUAUUGUUUAAACGUAUUUGUAAAGCACAAAGUAUUCCACGGAUUUGAAUUUGAUCCAUGGAAAUUGACAGUUCAUCAUCGUAACUAUCCAAUGCUGACAGAUUGACUGUGUGCAAAUGAUUUCAAUACUACAUAUAUAUGUAUGUAUCAGCGCGUCUCAAUUGGAAACUUGUAAAACCGGUACGAGCAUCUUGAAUCGCUAUUAGGAAAAAUCUUAAAUGAAAACUAUCUGACGUGAAGUAGAUUGGUUAUGGAGUAUCUGUGAAAUUCAUUAUUUAGGGAUAUUAUUGCUAGUAAUUCAAAAUAACAAUUCGAGCUGCUAUCGUUGAAUAGGUAAUAUUGAAUACAACAAGAAAUAAGCAGUAGAAAUAAUAAUAUUUCUGUACAACAAAUUUUCUCUUUUUAUUUCAAU